GCUUUCAAGGCAAACAUUGCGAAGAUAACAUCGAUGACUGUCCUGGAAAUUUGUGUCAGAAUGGUGGCACUUGCGUAGACAGCAUCAACACCUACCGUUGCGUCUGUCCACCAAAUUUUACCGGAGAUCUCUGUGAGGAAGAUGUGGAUGAAUGCGCGAUGAGACCAUCCGUUUGUCAGAAUGGCGCUACUUGCACCAAUACGCACGGCAACUAUUCCUGCAUCUGUGUCAACGGUUGGGAAGGUAGAGAUUGCAGCGACAAUGUCGAUGAUUGCGUAGCUGCAGCCUGCUUCUAUGGCGCCACUUGCAUAGAUGGCGUCGGCUCGUUCUAUUGUCGUUGCACACCUGGCAAAACUGGUCUCCUCUGUCAUUUGGAUGAUGCUUGCACCUCGAAUCCUUGUCAUGCGGACGCUAUUUGCGACACUAGUCCUAUAAAUGGCUCCUACACUUGUUCCUGUGCCACUGGCUACAAAGGCGUGGAUUGUUCAGAAGAUAUCGACGAAUGUGAUCAGGGUUCACCUUGCGAGCACAAUGGAAUUUGUGUGAAUACACCCGGCUCGUUUAUGUGCAAUUGCUCACAAGGCUUCACGGGUCCACGCUGUGAGACGAAUAUC